ACACGUGCCACUACUACAUUGAUUUUAGAAGUUGCUUAUACAGCCAAGCGUUAGCGUAAGCGGUUAGUCGUCGCGAGUUACUUAUUGCGUCAAGUCGCGUUUAAGUUUUUAAUAAUGUCAAAAAUGACAGCAAGAAAUCCCAAACUCAGUAGGAAAACUUUAUUAAAUAUUGUACAAGAAGUACAUAAGCGGCCUUGUCUGUGGAAUCCUGAUGAUGAAAACCACAACAACAGAGCACGCAUGGCUGUCGCGUGGGAGGAAAUCACCUCAGCUCUGAACAUACCAGAACCUCUCGUCAAGGCAAAAUGGAAAAUCAUGAGGGACAUAUUCAAAAGGGAGAUGAAGAGGUGCAAAAUGAACUCUCACGGUAAAUUCCAGUACACAGGCAAAUGGCGGCAUUUCAAAUUGCUGUGGUUUGUACACAAAAAUAAAGAAGCGCAAUUAGUUCAGUGUGAUCCAGCGGAAGAUAGCUACAGUAGCACAGAGGAAAAUAAUAUUAAGGAAGAAGUAAUAGACAAUAAUAGUACAGAUGUAGAUGAAUCACACGACCACAACGUACCAUUUGAGGAGAGUAACAUGCUUACAUUGGAUUUCGAACCAGAACAGGAUCCAUUGCCGGUUCAAAGAAGGCAGUCGUCUGAAGAUGAUUACGAUUUGAUGUUUCUGAAAUCUUUGGUGCCAUACUUUAGAGAGUUAGAUCCAGUUCGAAAAUUGAGGUUACGGAGUACGAUACUGGAUAUAAUUAUAAAUGAAAUCAGUGGUCAGCCGCAAGGGAUUCUCAAUUCGACACGGUAGUUCAUAAAAGCUUUUUUGAGUGAUAAGUAUUAGUUAUUUGUUGAUAUUCAAAGUUGACUACGGGUACUACUCUUAGACUGUCGGACAAAAUAAUGAACUUUUUGUUUAGUAAUUGAUCAUUUUCAUUGAGCACACCUGAUACCAUAAUCAUAAGCAUAACUCCUGUCGAAACUAAAAUAAUAUGUACCCAGAAGCAAAAAUGGUAAAUCAAUAAAUACUUGUGUGCGACUGGUGUGUACAAAUUGUAAGGAAGAAAUGCUUUUUCUUUAUUAAUUCCUCGUCCCACAACUUUGUAUUGUCACCAGUUACAUGUUGAAUAAAUGC